AGCAACACAACGCAACACAACAACAACAAAGUCCGGCAGCGGAGCGCGCACCACCGACCACCGACCAGCGUCGCUCGCGUCGCCCGGAAGAGCCGUUUCACGUCUUCGCUAGUUGACAGGCGUAAAGAGUGACCACUCACUCACUCACUCAUUUCGAGUUUCAUGUCGACUGACAUGUCGGGAGCUCCCUGAAGUCACGCAUUUCCGCGCUUGUGUUCACUCAUGCAACGGUGUGUGUGAGACUGCACGUGAAACGAGUUGUGCAUGCGGACAAACUUGCACGAGCUCAUAGGUCGGUGUGAGUGUGCUGCUGCUGCUGUCUGUGGGAGGAUAUCUGCAGACUGCUGCUGCUGCUGCGCGUAAACUUGCAGCGUAAACAUUACGGGGGCUCACUUGUCGACUGCCCGUGCGAGCACUUUAUCGAGAUGGAGUGGAAGAGCGUGGGUCGUAUGUUUCUGUUCCCGUUGCAGAUGUUGUAUCACAUAGUCAGGGGCACUUUGGUUUCACUGUUGCCAAGCAGAAGGAAGGACCUGACCAAGGAGGUGGUAUUGAUCACCGGUGGGGGACGAGGCAUUGGACGUCACCUCGCCAAAGAGUUUGCCAAGCAGGGAGCCAGAAAGGUGAUCUUAUGGGGCCGGACAGAAAAAUGCCUCAAAGAAACGACUGAAGAGAUUUCCCUCUCAGGAACAGAGUGCCAUUACUUUGUGUGUGAUGUUGCCAAUCGUGAAGAAGUUUACAAGCAAGCCAAGGUGGUUCGAGAAAAGGUGGGAGAUGUUACGAUAUUAGUGAACAACGCAGCUGUAGUCCACGGCAAAAGUCUUAUGGACAGCGACGACGACGCCCUUUUGAAAUCCCAACAUAUCAACACCUUGGGACAGUUCUGGACUACAAAGGCCUUCCUGCCAAGAAUGCUGGAGCUGCAGCACGGCCGUGUCGUAUGCAUAAACUCCAUCCUGUCCCAGUCUCCCAUUCCUGGGGCCAUAGAUUAUUGCACCUCCAAGGCCUCAUCACUGGCCUUCAUGGAAAGCCUGACACUGGGUCUGCUGGACUGCCCUGGUGUUGGCUGCACCACAGUACUUCCCUUCCACACCAAUACAGAGAUGUUCCAGGGCAUGAGAGUCAGGUUUCCUCAGCUCUUUCCUCCUCUCAAACCUGAGGUUGUUGCCCAGAGGACAGUGGAGGCAGUGAGAGCUGAUAAGGCUUUCCUCUACCUGCCCUGGACGAUGCAUGCCCUUGUACUUCUUAAAAGCUUCAUGCCACAAGUUGCACUUGAGGAAAUCCACAAGUUUUCUGGGACUUAUACCUGCAUGAACACGUUCAAGGGGAGGACAUGAACCUGGAGUUCACGGAUUGUGGGAGUGACCUCAACAUCUCUGGGGUAUAAUGAAGGGAAUAGGGACCUUGAAGACAUCUGGAAGCACAGGAGGCCCCUUAAUAGUCUGAAGAAAAAAAUACUUAGGGGACAUUCACUAGGGGAAUACUCGUGCAGGCAGAAUCAAUCACAACACUGCAGAAAACACCCUCGUCCCAUUUGUAUGUGCAUAUCUGUAUGGUAUGGAGGACUGAAUGCAAUUCUCACAUUGAACACAAGCCAUGCAUAGAUCUAUACCAGUAGUUGUUCUGGUAGUUUUUUUGUUUUUUUUUUGUGAUACUUUUAGUCUGUUUUUACGCGUUUUCUUUUAUUUUAUCUGCCUUUUUAAUGUGUCUUUGAAUCAAAACUAAGUAAUAAAGUGAAGUUUUAGAGACACACCGGGCGUCUUUGUGCACAACGAAAAUAGAAAAGAAAUGAGUUUGUGCGAGGUACAGAUUAUUUGGUGUCUGGAUUUUGACUCCCACAGCAGCGUGAUAGCACCUUUGAUUUAUUCCAAGCAUGAGAUCAGAGACUGUGACAGACGAUGUUGUCAAAACACACACUCUGACGGGGUGGGGGGGCGGGGGGGUGUGCAUGUGUAUUUCUGUUUGCUCUCUGCUGUCAGAUAAUGGUGCAGCAGGCUCGUGUAAAUAUCCAUAAACAUGAUGUUCUCAAAGUAAGUUGUUCAGGACUUUAUUCUCGCACGUCCAGAACACCCCCCCAUGCGAUGAAGAUUUUGGAAUUCUGGAAGGACAACAGUCAUAUUGAGGCUUUAAUUAUGAAGGUUUAGAGUUAACUGAAAAAAAUAAAUCUAUUUUAUUGUUUGUCAUGGAUAUGUAUCUUUUCAACUUGGCUCACAUCAUUAACUUCUAAUUUCUCCAAAUGUGUGUCUGUAUUACCAAACUUUCUGAGGCGUAUUGCGGGGGAAAAAAAAAAAAGCCGUAAAACUUAAAUUAAAUACUGGUCUGCAGCCAUGGGAAGUUUGCACAUAGCAGCAUCUGAUCUAACAACACCAAAGCAGCAGAAAGUGCUCUGUGAUUUCAUCAUGUGGUUUCAAGUCUGUAUCAGUAUCAGUAAACAUCAACUCCACUACAGAAUGAUAGAUGAGUAGGUUGAGGUUUUGGGACGUGUGCUCAUUACCUUUGGUGCUUUGGGUUGGAAAACCAUAAUGAUGCCACAUGCAUCUCCGCGGUAAAUCUGAUAAUAGCUUCAAAUUGACUUCGUACACCUGACGUCGUCAUAAGAAUGGUAUUCGUGUUCUCAUCUGAUUCUUGUAGGCAGUUCUGUUGACCUGACAUAAAUGUGUAUGUCUGUUGAAUAUUGCCUGUUAACGGGGAAAACCCACUACCCACAUCAGAGCCAAGAACAUUUUUUAGACAUGUGUGAAUCACAGACUCUCUUUUGCUCAUACAUUUGACUCACUGACGCAAAAUGCACUUAUGUAGAACUUAAUCAAACAGGAUAGUAUCGAUCCAUCCAAGGGCAUGCAGUCCUGGGCAAUAUGUUUUGCUUUAUUACCCUAUGUGGAGCCUCAUUGACAGAACAUCGAGAAACCAUUGAUCAAAUGUACCACCAACAAGAAGCUGCUGGCCUUGCAGUUUUGUCUAACGUCUAUCAUUUUGAGAUUAGACUGCUUUUUUCUAUGACAAAUAAAGAACAACAAAAAGUUAUUUAACUAAAUGAGAACUAUAUGUUCAGGUUACUGCUUUGCUUUCCUAAAACACAAAUGGCCAUCAGUAACCAUGGGCUGCAAUAAAAUAACUAAUAUGAUUAAAA